AUGCGGACGCAGAUUACUCUUUUGGUCGUGAGAGUAUUUUAAGAAGAAGAAGCAAACAAUAUAAAAAUAGUCAUAAAAACAGAGAUUUGAAAAGUCGGAGAUAUUUUCCUGAUUCUAAUGAGAAAAAUCAUCCUAUAAACAGUAUUCAUAAUAGUGAUAACUUAAAAGACCAUGUUAGGGCAAUAAGGAAUAUUUUAUAUCUACAAAAUAUAUUUGGAUAUGUCCCUAAAGCAAGUGAGAAUAGAAAUCGAAAAGUCAAUCGAUAUUUUCAAAUGGAUUCAGUAUCUAAUAAAUCAAAAAAUAUAGCAAAUCACAUAGCAAUCGAUUAUUAUUUUGGAAGAGCUGAUUCUAAUGAAGAAAAUAAAAUAUAUCGGAAAAUCAGCCGUAAACGCAAAUAUAAAUAUGGAAAUUCAAAUUUUACACCUUUAACGCCAAAACCACUUGACAUUAAAAUAAUUAAAUCAGAAAUGCCAAGAAAAGAAAGAGUUAAAAUAAACAGCCUAGAACUAGAAUUUAAUCUAGACAGUCAAAAAACCAGAGACCCAUUUGAGAAAAUGUUUGAAUCCCUGUUACUUGUGUUAAAAGACUCGAUAAAACAUGAAAAUGAUAAAUUGCUUAAGUAUGAUUGGUUAAAAACAACUGUCAAUAUUCAGGCAGCUAUAAGAAAAUUAAUGGAUUUGACUGAACAGUUGAAAAGGGGUGAGUUUAUACAUCCUAAAGAUGUAGAAUUAUUAAAAUACAUAAUAUACCUUUUUAAAUCAUCGAAAAUAAUUUUAAAAAAGGAAUCAGAGAUUAGAGAUUUGAACAAAAUAGAAAAUUACGAUCCAGAGCGUGCAACGAAAAUUGUUGUAAAAUUUCCUAAAAAAAGAAUAAUUAAACAGCCUAUUAGGUUAUGGAUGGAAUAUGCUGCCUUAUUGUUAAGAGGUGAAAGAAAAAUGAAUUUCGGUUCUCACGAAGAUGAAAAGCUGUCUUUACUAGAUGACUUUGAAGAUUUUCUUCAGGCACUUCUUUUUAACCUGAAUGACCUACACGACGCAGUGAAGCACAUAUCAUUAAAAACUGAUUACAAAAAUCAAAACUGGUUAAAAGACCUUAAAGCAAUAUUUUUUGAAAAGGGAAAUAGGAAACGCUUAGGCAAACUAAUAUUACACCUAGGACUGUCAAGAUUUUUGGAUUCUGUAGAAAACAGUUCUUCACAUGUGGAAAGAGACUUUAGAAGUUUCGUAAAUACGAACAGAGAAUCUGUUGUUAAGAGUAGAGAAGAAUGUUUAUUUGUAUUAAAUGUUCUAGAAGAAUUAAGUAAAGUAAAAUAGCUCUUUAUAGAUGGCUUAACAAGAAUAGACUGUUUGGAAGAUACUCGUAAAGAAGUAGUCGUUCUAUUUCGGCAAGUCCGUUUUGCUUUACAUACUUCCAGAAGUAGACAAUAGACAAACUAAUUGUGUUUAAUUUUCUAUAAAUUAAAAUUAGCUUACUUUUACUAUUCUUAAUUUUCGUAUAAUUUUCUAAGGCUUUAAAUAUAGGUAAUAAAUUAAUUUAGCCAUUAGUUACACAACGAAACUUAAUAAAGAUUUUAUUUUUUGGAA